AGCAAUUCGUGGCCGAUCUUUUUAUUCUGACAUGGCUUUGGAUGACAUUAAUUUCAAGGAAAUGCCCUGUGGUAUACAACACUUGGGAUGUUUUAACGAUCGUUAUAAAAGAGCUUUGCCAGACUUGAUUGCGAAUCUCCGGGAUAAAAUAGACUGGUAUGACAUGCAAAAGACCGUCAGAGAAUGCGCCUGUGUUGCUUAUGACAAAGGAUACAAGUAUUUUGCUGUGCAGUUUUACGGAGAGUGUUGGGGCGCAAGAAGUAUGAUUGAAUAUGACAAAUAUGGUGCUUCCAACGACUGCUGGUUUGGUGUCGGAAAAGAUUUCACGAAUUAUGUUUAUAAAUUCACGAAAUAAGAUACGUUUUAUGUUCAUUCUAUAUCUUAACAUUCCCAAUAUUUUAGGAUUAAGCCACUAGUAUGUAGGAAGUUGCAUGACAAAAGUCAC